GACGGCGAGAGAGCCAGAGCUGAGAGCGACGCGGCUGGCAUCUCGCGCCAGAAAACCCGUCUCCUCUCCACCUCUUCUCCUCCCCGAUUUCGCACCACACGAAGCAGCCACGAACGCAACGCGGGUGCGUCGCCGGUGAGCAAGCAGCCGGCGAGCGCGGCGACUCCGACCCGACGCGCGCGCGCGAUGACCACCGCUCUCUUCCUGCGCUGCGGCUGCCUCGCCGCCGCGCCGGCGCUCCGGCGAGGAGGCGCCGCGCUGCGCCCCCGCCGGACGCCGUCGAGGCUCGUGGCGGUCGGCGCCACGUCCUCGUCCGGCGACGGCGUGACCACCGCGGCGGACGCCGUACUGCGAGGAGUCGGCGGCGCCGAUGGCUCACCGGCGGGCAAGCCGCGAGGCUACGGGCUCGUCGGCGGGGCCAACGGCGCCAUGGCUCCUCCUCCUCCUCCCACCACCAAGUCCACCGCCGUCGAGACCACCGUCGAGAGGGUGAUCUUCGAUUUCAGAUUCCUGGCUCUUCUCGCGGUUGCCGGAUCACUGGCCGGAUCCCUCCUCUGCUUCCUCAAUGGUUGUGUUUACAUAAAAGAGGCUUACAGCGUGUAUUGGUCGGGCUGUCUCAAAGGCGUCCAUACAGGGCAGAUGGUCCUCAAAGUUGUCGAAGCCAUUGAUGUUUAUCUCGCUGGAACAGUCAUGCUGAUCUUUGGGAUGGGCUUGUACGGGCUGUUCAUCAGCAAUACUUCUACUGAUGUUCCUUCUGAGUCUGACAGAGCUCUGCAGGGAUCAUCCUUAUUUGGGAUGUUUGCUUUAAAGGAAAGACCAAAGUGGAUGAAGAUUACCUCCCUGGACGAACUGAAAACCAAAGUAGGGCAUGUCAUCGUCAUGAUCCUUCUGGUGAAGAUGUUCGAGAGGAGCAAAAUGGUGAAGAUAACAACGGGGUUGGACCUGCUGAGCUACUCGGUCUGCAUCUUCCUGUCGUCCGCUUCACUGUACAUCCUGCACAACCUUCACAGGCCUGAACAGGAUGACUCGGUUAUGCCAAACUUGUAAAGUCAUCGAGAGUUAGGAAAAGAAAAAAAAAUCAUACCACCAUCAAAUCAUGAGCUCAUGAUCUGUAGCACCGGAUGGAAUUGUAUUAGUACCAUCCUGAUGUGCCAAAAGCAGGGUAAAAAAAAGAGAGCAAAGAACCACUGAACCAAUCUCUCUGUGAAAAGGCAAGAUCAAGGACAGCUUCAAAUAUAGCUACAAAAAGAAUUAAAGCACUGAAAUUUUGUAUAGAAUUCUUGGUAUAUUACUAUAUUAUGUUAAUUAAGGUCUA